AUGACUACGUUGGGGGCAGCAUCGACAGCUGCGAACGGAGGAGGGGGCGGAGGUGAGGGCAGCUCGCCCGCCAAACGCAAAGCGGCAGAAGUGGUGGAAGUGGAGGACGCCAUCUCGCUGGGGGCCCUCAAAGCCGAGCUCAAAGCCCACCAGGAGGCGAUGAAACAGGACUUCCAGCACGCCAUUGGGGGAGUGCAGAAAGACAUGGCGGAGAGAGUCACCACCGUGGAGUCGGAGGUCACCAAACAACUCCAAACCACCCUGGCGCUGCUGAAACAGUUGACCGACAAGCAGGACAACCAAGGGGCAAAAAUGGCGGAAGUUGUGGAGGGGCAGCGCUACCUGGAAGACAAGAUGGAAGCCAACCAACGCAGCCUGGAGGAACGCAUUGAAAAGCUGGAGACGUCGGGGUGCAACCCGGGGCAAUCCACCACAAGCGUGCCGACGACCGACGAUGGGAUCGGGGGCCGCAAGCCGGCGCUCAUCAUGGGAGGAUGGGGGGACAACACGCCCGCCAACGAAGUGAUCGAGAAAGCCACCCAGAUCCUACGCCAACUCAAGGUCGACAUCGAAUACCAGGACGCCUUUGUACCUGGGAUCCGGAGGGGGUUUGCCCUCAUUCCCCUCAAAGGGGCCCGAGUCGGAGAAGGAGGUGAAGAGUACCGCCAACGCAUCCAGAUCGUCCGCAAUGCCAAAAUCCAAACGGGACAUGUGAGGGAGGACACGGGGCAGCCUCGCUACGCAUACCUCACCAUCUCCCAGCCACCAGAACGUCGCCGACGAGCAAGACUGGCAGCCAAAGUGAAGCGAUGCAUCCUAGAGCUGGGGGGCAGCCACAACGACCUGGAGGUGGAGUUCGCUACGGGCACGGUGUGGUACGGAGGUGCCCGGAUCUCGUCAGCUGUCAGCCCCCCGAAAGAAGGGGCAGACAAGAUAGGACCGGGAUGGGUGGACGUCAACGAGAUGGCCAAAGCGCUCAGUGGGGGGAAGACCACCCAACAAGCACUGACUAUGCUCACCUGGAACGUGGGAGGAGCCGGGGCCAAGAAAGUUCUCGACAUCCUCCUCACGCUCAGUCGGGGGGGCGGCCCACAUGCAAACCUUGCCACAGUGAACGUGGUGACCCUCCAAGAGGUGAUCUGCGAGCCUGGCAUUCACAUCGAGAGCUCAGAAAAUUGGACUCUCGUCAUGGGGAAGAUGGACACAGAGUGGAGGGGAGAGGGGGGGCACACCAAACCCACCAUGGUAGGGGUCCUAUCAGCACACCUUCCACACCAUGCCACGAUCCCUCAGACAGAGCGUAUCCUCACGGGAUGGGGAGCGUGCACAGCCUUAGCGGAGAUGCGCGUCAUCCUGGGGGGCGACCUCAACGAGACCUUCCGGGAAUUGGAAAUGGGGGCGGCGGCGUCUACGGGGCGAGGGGAAACGUUACUCCGCUGGAUGGAAGAGCACGAACUACGACUACCUGACCAAGCAAUGGACGAGCCCUCGUACCACCCAUACAACACGGCCAUGCGAGCCCGGCGGCUGGACUACAUUGCCACGCGCAGACUCCCAGCUGGGGAAGGGCACGUGAUGGAGGGGACGAGGGACAUCAUACAGUCGGACCACGACGCAGUCAUGCUAGAGACAAACUUCGCGGUGCGGAACAAGCCGAAACUCACGGCAACAUGGGGUGCGCGCGUCUUGAAAGAUCUUGAUCAAGUCGAAGAAGCACUACGGGAACAACGCCGAGGGGAUCCUCAUCACAUCAUUGCAGAGGUGGCCAAAGCGAUCACCGUGCCCGCCCCCCAAGGAGGUGAACCGUGGCAAGAGAGUGACAAGCUGAAGCACCUCCGACAUCGAGCCAAGCACGCGGGGGAAGCCGAACGGCGAAGCCUAUGGAAGCAAGUCUGGAACACGCACAAACGUGAAAGGAAGGCAUGGUUGCAGCGCAAAGUGCAAGCAGCUGCCAACAUGAACUGGGGAGAGCUGCGAGCGCUGGGGAAACAACGCCAAAACAAACAAUGGGAGCACCACCUGCUGGGUAGACCAGGCUGGCAAGAUGAACUGCGCGAGCACUUUGAGGGGACAUUCGCCAAAGUUUCCCGAGAACGAGUCCAGAAAGCCUUUGGGGAGCUACGACGCGCUCUGGAACAUCGAUGCAAAAGGACCCCCUGGAAGCCAUUCGAAGAAGAGGAACUGGUUGCAGCAAUGGCCACGUGGGGGCGCCGAAAAGCCACCGGUGUCGACGGAACUUCACUGGAAGCGCUGCGAGCCAUGCAACAGGACCGGGUCUGGGGGGAGAGACUCCUCUACCUCUACAACGACGUGCUCUACACCGGCAAGCUCCACGGCAAGAUGGGAGAGGGGGUCACCAUCCUGCUACCCAAAGUAACGCUCCCGACGGAGUGGGGGCAAACAAGACCCAUCACGCUCUCAAGCUCGACACUAAAGUGGCUAUCACAGCUCUUGCUGGGGAGAUGCAGCCACCACUUCGAGCCGCUCACCAAGUUUCAGUGGGCUUGGAGGGGCAAACAAGCUGAGGAGCUCAUCAUGGUCCUCCGCAAAGUUGUCAGAACGGGGGUAGAAUGGAAGCUGCCCACCUGGAUAGCCAAACUGGAUGUCCGCAAAGCGUUUGACAGCGUACACCAGCAGAACAUGGGGGCCAUGGUGGCGCACUGGGUCGGCGAUCGAGGGGGACAACCAUGGGAAGCAAGGACGUGGAUGGCCCUGCUUGAGGCGGAGACCGUACAAGUCGCCAUCGGGGGGGAAAUCGUGAUCGUCCUCCAAACCACAGGAGUACGCCAAGGAGCACCGGAUUCGCCUGUUUUGUUCGCCGCACUCAUGGGUCGAGCCCUCCAACAAGCACGCCUGCCAGCCACAAGACAGGGGGCUGGGCCCCCGUGCCCACACAAUGAAGGAGCCUUCAUGGAUGACACCUAUGUCUGGGACCAUGACGCCGAGAACUUCCAAAAACGCCUCACCAGUGUGGAGGAAACGCUAAAGAAAGAUGGCCUACACAUCCACCCGAAGAAGACGGCCAUCAUCACGAAUGCGGAGCAACCGGGACGCUUUCGCAUUGGGGGGGAGUGGGUUGACCCGCAACCGGAAGAAGGUUCCUUCCACAUUCUCGGCUCGCCGGUGGCGUUCAAGAACCAAGUCACCCUACUGAUAGCAGAAAUGCACACGAGAGCCCGCAAAGCCUUCCACGCCCACGCCCAGGAGCUCACUGCCCGAACCCCACUUCCACCCAGACUCAAGCUGAUGCUGGUGUACCUCCGUCCUGCAGCACUGUGGGGAUGUAGUGCGUGGCCACCGCACGAAACGCUGCUGAAGGCUGCGAACUCGUGUCAGCUCCACUACGUCAGGAAAAUAGUAGGGCUUGGAAAACGCGCGGGGGAAACCUGGGUAGAUUGGAACCAAAGGGGGCUGCGAGACGCCAGGGCCAAGGUACACCACCACCAAGUCCAGCGAUGGUCUACCCACGCACUGCGUCGCAUAUGGGGGCUAUGGGGACAUGUCGCCAGACAACAUGAGAGCUGCACCAAAGAGAUCCUCCUGUGGCGGGGGCAAAAAUGGUGGAAGGCUGAACAAGCCAACCCCAGGGGGCUGCGACAUCCGAGUCGCUUCAACCCACACACGGACAUUGAGCGAGCCGUGGCCGCCGUCGGGGGACAAGACUGGGACAUUCGAGCUCAAGAUCGUCUUUGGUGGCAAGCCCAAACCGAGGAGUUCGUGACGAGGCAUGACCCGCCGUGGAGUAGCGGAAGGCAAAAGGCGCUUGGCAACCUCGCACCCAACAAAACCACACGAAACACGGGGGGGGGGCGAAAAAGGGGGAACCUGGCAAUCACGGAUGAUGUUGCGCACCGCAACGGAUAG